ACAAUGCUGACAGCCGGAUGUCAGUAGUGCCACCACACGUUGACAGCACGAACUAAAGCUCUUUUCUUCGGCAUCCGUGAAGUUGACAUCGUUUCACUACCGUAAAACCAGCCAACAGUCAAUAUGACGAACUCCAAGGGUUAUCGCCGCGGUACUCGGGACAUGUUCUCCCGAGGAUUCCGUAAGCAUGGUACCAUUCCGCUGUCCACGUACAUGAAGGUUUACAAAUCUGGGGACUAUGUCGACAUUAAGGGACACGGUGCCGUGCACAAGGGCAUGCCAUACAAGGCGUACCACGGAAAGACGGGACGUGUUUACAACGUCUCGAAGCACGCACUUGGCGUGAUCGUCAACAAGCGCGUACGCGGCAAGAUUCUGCCCAAGCGUAUCAACAUUCGCGUCGAGCAUGUGAAUCCCUCUCGUUGCCGAGAAGAUUUCCUUCGUCGCGUGAAGGAAAACGAGGAGAAGCGUAAGGCCGCAAAGCUGAACAAGCUGCCCAAGUUCAAGGUGUCGCUGAAGCGCAAGCCGAAACAGCCGCGCUUGGCUCAGAUCAUCAAGAACCCACCUACGCCCAUCUUCCUGGCACCGAUUCCGUACGAAUUCGUGGCCUAAGCUAAGUGUAGGUUGGUUUGUGAAUGCUGCCGGUGUAUAUUGUGCCGUCACGGAUAUCGUGUUGUACUGGUGUGGUUCUGUGACAAAUAACAGCCAGCAGUAAAUGAUAAUUUUUAUGAAGUACAUCAAUAAUACAGUUCGUGAUGAAAAUCUAA